AUGACUCGUGGCGACGUCCUACCUCCUCAUGUCGAUCCCUCUAUCCGUGAAGUCAAUGAUGUACUUCUGGGCAUUGGUGGUAUCACAUACACCAUCUGCUAUGUCCUCAUGACACGUCAAUCCAUCCGCGACCGCACGUACGCCAUGCCCCUCUUCUCGCUCGCUUUCAAUUUCGCCUGGGAAAUCGUAUUCGCCCUCUACGUUGCCGAAGAUCCUCGAGAGAAGACUAUGUUUACUAUAUGGAUGCUCAUAGACCUCGGUCUCGUUUACGCGGUUGUCAAGCACGGUGCAAGCGAAUGGAAACAUGCGCCAGCCGUGGGUAGGAACGUUGGCAAGAUAUUUGCGGGCAUGCUGGCGUGGUGGUGCAUUGCGCUGUAUGCUGUGAGCAGUUGGUGGACUGAUCCGGUCAGCCCAGUCAACCCGAAAGCUGGAAAAUCGUAUCGCGGUAUCAAUGGCAUUGACACGGAUGAGCUGGGUUUCUUGACCGCCUUGGUCGCGCAGGUUUUUCUGAGCGUCAUGUCACUGGCGCAGAUAGUGGUCAGAGAAAGCAGUCGCGGGUCGUCAUACAGCAUUUGGGCGUCGAGGUUCAUUGGCAGUCUGGCGGGGCUGACUCUAAACUACGGAUACUGUUGGUGGGUGUGGCCGGAGGCGCAUGGGUACUAUGCUAGUCCUAUCAAUGUGGUUAUGAUGGUCACUUGGAUAGUGGCUGAUCUGGGAUACUUCGUGGUACUUUGCAAGGUACCGCAGACAGGUACGACCAUGGAUGGCAAGACCAAAUGA